AUGUCGUUUUAAGAUAUUUGCCCUUUUGAUAUUGAUUUAGGCUAUUCUUCUACUAGUUGUUAAGGAUAAAUAGGAGAUUAGAAUGUUUUAGGAGGAGAAUUAUUAUUCUUUAAAAAUAAAGAUAAAUAUGAGUAGCUGAUGGUUGAUUAUGGAAGUUAAGGAUUGCUUGGAGUGUGGAAUCUUACAGAUGCUAGUCUUUUUUAUUCAACUUCAUAUUUUUCUGAUAAAAAAAUUCAAAUUCAUUCAAUUUAUACUGAUAAGCAAAUCAACAUUUCUGAUCCAUCUUUACCACGGACUUUUAUAUACAUAAUAGAUAUCAAUUAUAAUGUAUAUUAAUAAAGUCUCUAUCAAUAGAAUAGUACAGCUCUUAAAUUUAACUAUGAAUUGGUAGAUAGUUAAUAGCAAUAGAUUUAAAUUUGUUACAACAUUAAAAAUAAUAUUUUGUACUACCCUAAAGAUAACUAUGUCUACCUUAGCUCAAUUGAAUAAUCUUCUUAAUUAUAAUUAGAUUCUGAUGGAAUUCAAUGCGAAAGUGAUUUUAGUUAAGAAUACAUAUAUGUUCUUUCAUCUAAUAAUAACAUUUACAUGAUAAGCUAAACUAAUUUUGAAAUUUAAAAUACAUUAUAAUUUUAAUUAGGAAAUAUUACUCGUUUGAAAUUCUAAUAAAGCUAAGGAUUAACGUUCAUAAGUUAUAAUACAAGUGGAUAUUCUAUUUUCUCUUUGGAUUAAAAUUUUAAUUACACCAAUUUACUUUUCUUCUCUCCAAAUUAGAUUAAUGACUAUGGAUUUUUAAAUGAUGGGUCUUUGAUAGUAUGUGGAAAUAAUUCAAUGAUUUAUUUUGGUUCUUAGUUUAUAAAUCCUGCUACAUUAUCGAUGGAUUAUAAUGAUUAUCAUGUGUAUGAUAAUCUUAAUGCUCUACGUCUUCAAGAUUUAAAAUUGAUAAAUUACACUAAACUAAUUGUAGGAGAUGAUUUCACAGUAUUUUAUGGAAAUUAAACAAUGAUAACUGUGGUAGUAAACGAAAAUAGAGUUAUACAACUUAACAAAUGCUUAGGCUCAUAAUUACUUUUUGGAGUUACUCCUAAUGCUAUAUUUGAAGGUUCCAUAUUAAAAACGUUAACAUCUAGUGGAAUGGUAUUUAUAGAUAUAACAAAUGGGCAAAUAAAAAGGCAUACAAGCUGCUUCUAUACAAAUGAUAUACCAAACGAAUAAGUAGAAGGUCUUUACUUUGAUGAUGAAUUACUUAGAAUUUAUAUGAUUGAAAAUUAGGGGAAAUUAGGAUAUUUUAGCUACCCGAAGGGUGAAUAUCUGACUUAGUACUAUAAUCUCUCAACUUAAAGUAGAUUAUAAUUCAACAAGUAUGGUGAUUAAAUAUAUAUUUGGCCAUCUUGGUCUCCUUAAAAUUAUUUAGUAAUAACAACCUAUCUUGAAGGAACUUUUUUAUAAACUCUAAAUUUUGAUAAUGAUUUCAAAGUAAGCUAAGUAUAUUUUGAUAACGAUUUAGAAAUUAUUUUAGUUAUUGAUUUAAGCUAAAAAUUAUUUGUUUUUAAUUCUAAAUAAUUUAAUCUACUCUACGAUUCGCCAAUUACCAAUUAUACUCUAUAAGUUUUUUAAAGUCAAUAUGGAAUAAUUAUUGUAUAUUAAAAUUUGAUACAAAUGCUCAUUAAAGGAUAGGAUAGUAAUCACUAAAUUUAAAUAAAUACUUUAAAUUUACAAAAUUAUUAUUCUAAUUAAACAUACUUUGAUACUUUUUCAAACUCAUUGAUCCUAUUUAAUGUAGUUGGUAUGCUAUAAAUUGCAAUAAUAGAGAAUCCUUAAAACAUAAAUAUAAAAAGUUUAUCAUUCACAUAAAAGUAAAAUCAAGUAUCUUAAAAUGUUUGUUUUGGAAACUAAUAUUUGGUUAUUUUAAUGGCUUCUCCAAACGAAAUUAUCCUAAUUAACAAAUAGACAAAUGAUUUAUAAAUAAUUAAUUUUGCCUUUACAAUACCAAACUAGUGUUUACUACUUAUGGAUGAAAAAUUACUCUUAGUUGUAUCUGAUGGAAACUAACUUAUUUUUAUUGAUGUUUAAUCUUAAAUUUUUUUAAAAAAUGAAUAACUUGAUUUAUUCAGCUCUGCUGUUUCCUCUAUCUAAAUUGAUGAAGAGGAAAAAUUAUUAAUUAUUUUACUUUCUACCAACCAAAUUUUUAGUUACGAUUACUCAUCUCUAUAAUAAGUUUGUGAUUGGAUGGCGACUAAUAUUACACUUUCUACAUUUUAAAUAAACACCUCUUAUAAAAAAAUUAUUUAUGGUUCAGGACUUAUGAUUUAUUUUAUUGAUUACACUUAGAAAAAAUUAAUGAAUGAAAUGUAAUUUGAAGAGCAAACUUAAGGAGGAGUUAUAGAUUAGUAAACUAACACUAUAUUUAUUUAUACUAAUAAAGUUUAUAAGUAUGAUCUUUAAACGAAUAAUCUGAUUUUGGUGUCAAAAUUUGAACAUCUUAAAUAAAUAAAUCAAUUAAAUAUUAUUUAUGAAUGGGGUAUAAUUGUGACUUCUUCUUUAGAUAAUACUAUAGCUAUACAUAGUUAUCCAGAAUUAAAAUUCAUAUAAUUACUUUAGCAUGAUCCUAUUGAUUGCCAAAUUAUUAGUUCUUUUGCUGUAGAUGUAGAAAACAACAGAAUAAUCUCUGGUUGCGGAUUUGGGAGUAUUUAUGUAUGGAAGAACGAUAUAUCAAUUAAAAAUUUCUAUUUGCUUAAAGAUUAUUAAUAUUUGCUUUAGAUUUACACUGUAACUCGAAUUAUAAUUGAUUAAGAAAAUAAUUUUUUAAUGCUAUUCGGAUUAGAUUGGUUUCCAUUAUUAGUUUAACUAAGUAGUAUAGAUUAAGAAGUUAACAUUAUUUAAGUUUUACAAGGAAAUGAUGGGGCAUAUGACAAGCUUAAUUAAUGUAUACUUACUUUUGACUAGGAUGGAUAUGUUUGGAAUUACAAUAUCACGACCUAAAGCUACAUUUUUACGAAGCAGUAUCCUAUUCAUCAAGGUUAAGUAUAAUAAAUAGUUCUAGAUCCUAUUAAUUAAAGGUUUGUAAGCAUGGGAUUAGAUAACAAAGUAUAAAUAUGGCCAUAUAACUCUUAAAAUGCUCAAAUACCACUUUUUUAAUAUAAAAACAUAGCCUAAAUUUAGUAUGGAUAUUUAGAUUUAGAUAAUUAAAUUUUAAUUAUUUCAGAUUCUAAUUUUAGAAUAGUUUUACUUUAAUUUCCUUUACUGAAUGUUAUUCAAGUUUUUGACUAGCAUAAAGAUGUUAUAAAUUCUUUUAUACUAAAUUAGAACUCAUUUUAGAUUAUUUCAUUUUCGAAUGAUUAAACAGUAAAGUUUUGGGAAUAUGAGUUUUCUAUACAAAAUACCUAUUUUUAGAUUAUUCAUAGAGCAUCUUCAAUUAUAAGUUAUGCUUUUGAUGAAAACAAUAAUAACAUAUAUUAUACUAGAUCUGAUGGAAAUAUUUAAAAGUGGUCUUUAAUGGAUUAACAAGCAGUAAAUGGGCCUAUUUUACAAUUUAAUGAUAGAUUUAAUAAUACGAUAUAUUUAAUAAACGAAGAUAUUUUUGUUUUAGCCACUACCAAGUAGAUUAAUUUAAUCUACAAAAAAAAUUUAGAGCUAAUUCAAAAAAUUUAAGUAGAGUGCUCUCACAGUGUUAACAAAUAAGAUAUAAUUGUAUGCGGAUAUAAUUAAUAAAUUACAUCAUAUUAAAUUAUUUAGAAUGGUAAUACAUAUAAUUUCUUAAAAUUAUAUUAAUAGAAAUUAGAUAAGCCAUUAUAUAAGUUUUACAAUGGUAUUUUACUAUCAACUGAAUUUAUUAUUAUAUUUGUCAACCACUCUAUUGCUUUUGUAGAAAGUUCAACAGGCUUGAUAACAAAAUAAUUUCCACUAAUUCAUCAGCUUGCUAUUAUAGAUUUGAUAAUAUACACUGAGUAAAUAAUUUUUAGUUACUCUUUUGAUAGUUAAUUAGUUCAAUACCUAGUCGAAGACAAUGAUGUUCAAGUUUAAAGAUAAACUCAGUUAGGAUAUCCUAUAUUUUAAGUUAUUGUUGAAAAAGUAGAAUUUGAUUAUAUAAUAAGUGUUCUUUCAUAUAAUUAUAAUGGUAUCAAUUACAUGAUGAUAGAUAGCAAAGAACAGAGCUAUUUUGCUGAUAAUAAUAUAAAUACAAAACAAUUUCUUACUUUUAAUAACACUGUUGAUUUUAAUUAUGAUUCAGAAUUUAUAUUUAGGAAUAAUAAGAUUGCAAAUAACAAAAUUAAUUUGACUACUUUCUUUUUAGUUUAGUACGUGAAUAAGAUCACUAUGGAUUAAAAUGAGAUUUUUGAUAAUAUUAGCAUAUAGCUCUCUUUCUUAUUGUAAACUGUAAUAUCUACAAAUAUUAUGAUUAGCUACUUAAAUUUUAAUAAUAAUAUAAAUCUAGCAAUAAUUGAUGACUAUCAAUUUUUAUAAUAAUAUCAAAAAUCUUUAGUUAAUAAUUUGGAAGUAUAAGAUAGUUAUUUUGGAAUUUCAUUUAGUGAAAUAAAGUAAAAUAAGUACUUAAUUCCAGAUAGCUAUAUGAUAUAUACUAAUUCUUCCUCUAUUGAUCUUCUAAGCACAUCUAUGAAAAGUUAAUUAAGCAACUCAUCUAUUGGUUUAAUAACGCUUAUAUCAAACUAGCUUUAAAUAACAAAUUUUACUAUAGAAGAGAGUUAAUUAUAAAACGUUUCACCAAUUGUAAUUAGCUAAAGCUAAGUGAUCAUAGAUUAAUCUUAUUUUAUUUCAAAUAAACUUUAUUCUACAUAAUAUGGAGGAGGCGUAUUUUAUUUUGACGCUUCUCUUGUUAAAAUAUAAAAUAGUUAAUUUAUAGAUAAUGAAGCUUAAAAUGGAGGAUCCCUGUAUUUUAUUAAUAUGUGUGAUUGUCUACUAAAUAAUGUAACUUUUUCGAAUAACACAGCUAGGGAAAAUGGAGGAGUAUUUUUGCUUAAUGACUCAAAUAUCUAAAUAUAGAAUAGUACUUUUGAAAGAAACAAAGCUUUAAUUGGUGGAAUAGCUAGAUAUUUCACCUUUAUACCCAUAUUCCUUUAAAAAAAUAGUAGCGAUUUAGCUUAAGAUUCAUGUGGUACCACCUAUUAAAAUAAUUGCAUAGAUAAUUAUGGUUAAUUCUAUGGAAACAAUUUUUGUUCUUUUCCAUAAAGUGCUAAAAUUAAUAAUCAGUCAUUGCAAAAUGGAUCAAUUUAUAUAUUUAAAGAUGUAUAAAGUGGAACGUAAAAUAAUAUUUUGAAAAUAAAUAUCUUAGACGAAGAAGGAAAUUAAGUAAAAUUCUAGAGUAAAAAAAACAUCCCUGAUAGAAUAUUGUAAGAAUUUUCUUAAUAUUAUGUUGAGCUAUAGGAGCUAUAUUUGCUAAAUAAUAUUCAAGAUUUAAGGUAAAUUGACUUAAAAUUAUAGGGUGCAACUAUUCAAGCUUUUGAGUUAGAUUAAUUUCUUUUAAAUUAGUACUAAGUAUCAGGAUAAUUAGGUAAAAUAGGGAGAGCAGUAUUGUAAUUUAAAGGAUUCCACUUAUUUUCUAAUUAAACACAAGGGUUUACCGAUACUUUAACUAUUUAUAUUGAUUACAGCUUUAGAAAUUGUUAAAUAGGAGAAAUAAUAUAAUCAGCUUGCACAUCUUGUUCAUUAGCAAACUGUUAUACAUGUUAAAAUGGUACAUAUUCAAUUCAAGAUCCAAACUCAAAUACAAGUAAUAUGUAAUGCAAACCUUGUGAUUACUCAUCAAGUAUUUCAUGUUAAGGAAGCUAAAUUAAUUUAAAAUAAGGAUUUUGGAGAUCUGAUAAAUUCAAUGAUGAUAUAAUACCUUGCACUAAAUCGUAAAAUUUUUGUAACGGAUAAGAAGAAACUAAUUAUUGCUCUGAGGGUUUAAUAGGACCUUUAUGCUAGACUUGUGAUGUACUAGGAUAAUUUUGGAAUAAUUCUUAUGGAAAAAGCGGUUUAGAAGUUAAUUGUUAUUAAUGUUAAUCAGAGGUAAAUUAAAUAGCUGAAUAGAUGCUAAUAUGUUUAUUUACAUUGCUAUAUUUGACAUAUUUAUUUUACUAAACUAAAAUUAAUUUGAAUAUGAUGACUAAGGUCUUGAUUAUUGAUAGGCUAGGACUAAUUAGAUUAGGUAAUUCAGGUUAAAUAGGUGAAAAAAGUUUUUAUAGUAGGUUGAUGAUUAGAUACCUUUAAAUAUUUAUUAGUAUUUCUAGUCUUAGUCCAAAACCAAUAUUUAACUUGUAAAUAAUCUCAAUAUUUUCUCCCGUAAGUUCCAAUUAAAAUUUAUUGGAUUGUAUUAUAACUGUUUCUCUAAAUAAGAUAAGAAGUCGUUUUAUUUUGAACUCAAGAAAGAUUCUGCUGUCAUUUGCUUCGUGUUCCUAUUCUUUUUCUUGUAGUAAAGCUCCUUUGAAUCUUUAGUUUAGAUUUUUACUUGCAAAAAGAUAGUGCUAUUCAACAGAUCAUGUGAUUUUGAUAACAUCUAUGAUAAUGCCAAUGACAUUUUUAUGGAUAGUUUUAGUACCAGGGAUAUUGAUUUAUAAAAUAUGGAGUAAAUCAUAGCAUUUAGAUUAAUUUUCACAUCAAUUUGGAUUAAUUAAAAAGGUAUUUAUAAACUUUAAAUCAUCUACCGUAGCUUCUUACUUGCUAUUCAGCAAAAUUCAUUUUUUAAUUAAAGACUACCCUAACCAAGUUUUUUAAAAAAAGAGUAAAAUUUUGAAUUUUAGCUUAGUAGAAUAAGCAGGAAGUUACGAUGUACUUAGUAAAGCUUCUUUGAUGUUAAUUAUCCUCUACUGCUAUCUUUUGCUCUUACAAAAAUUUUAACCAUACUAAAAGGUUAAAUACUAUAAAAUAGAUUUAUUUUUUUCUUAAAUUUGCUGUUUGCUCACAAUAUUAUAUAUAUUGCUCAAUGUUAUAGAAUAAGAUAUUCUUUUAUAUCUUGGUACUAUUAUUGCUUAUAUUUUGCAAGCAGUAGCAUUUUCAAAAAUCUUCUUAAUUUACUUAGAUGUCUUAAUUAGGCUUAAUUAUCAUUUGUUAAAAUAAACUAAGGUUAUAUUAAUUUUAUAAGGAAGUUUGAAAAAAAAUUCAACAUGCUUCAAAUUCUUUAAAUAAUAAUUAAAAUAACAUAUGAAUUCUCUUUAUUUAUUAAUUUACUGCACAGAAGACAAUUCAUUUAAAAAAUUCAACAAUUUUUAGCUUCUUAGACUAUCAAUCUAAGAUUAUUUUUAAAGAAAAAAAAGAGACAAAUAUGCUCCUUUCUUUUCUAAUCAUUAGCCUAAUGAUGAAAAUAGCUUUAAAGAGACUAACAAUUUAACAAAUUCUACCAGAAAAGUGCUUCUUUCUAAAAGGAUGAAAGAAAUGAGUAUUAAUAAAUAGAGCGGCUUUUAAUUAAAUCAAAAUUAAAAUUCACCAAAAAGAUUUUUGGUCUAGUUUAAUUCAGAAGGCUAAUCUCCAACAUAAAAUAGUAUUUUUAGCUAAUAAUUUAGUCCGAAACUAAAUAUAAAGUUUUCUGAAUUACAAAACAAAAAUCAAACAUAAAUAGAUUCAUAAUUUAGUGAAAAUGUUAGUGAGUAUGAAGCGAAUUAAUAAAAUAACUGCUAAGCAAAAUAUAAUUUUAGAACAAGAAGCAAUAUCAAAAAUAUUAAUCCUGAUUAGUUUGUGCUAUUGAGUAACCCUAUAGAGUAGAGAGAUUAUUAAAAGAAUGAUAAAGAUUUAGAUAUAAUCUUUUAUGAUAAACCUUCUGCUUAAAAAAAAAAAACUCUUUAAUCUGAUGAAGCCAAUUAGAUAGAAUGA